AACAAGGCACGAUGACCAAGGCCCCUUUCUCCGUGGAAUGGUUGUCCCAGAGCAGCCAAGCUCUCAAGAGCCCUUCCGAGGGCUCCCCACACCGAGCAUCGUCCGCGGGCCACCGGCCCGGCUCCGGCUCCAGCGUGGGCCCGAGCGAGCGGAGCCAGGAGCAGGCGGCAGGCCCGCGGGACGGGGCAGGCGGCCGGAGCGGGGAGCGCGGGGCGGCCACUCCCGCCGCAGGUACCGCGGGGCAGCCCGGGGCUCCCGGGCGGGGGCGGCGGGUCUGGGACACCCCCGGGCCUGCCCGGGAAGGCACCGCUGCGCGGGGGCGGGGGGCGGCGGUUCCCCACGCGGUGCCCGGGCCUGGCUGACCCUUUCCCCCUCGUCGUCCCUGUCCCCAGGAGCAGGCGGGAGGCCAUCGGGAGCGGUGCCCGAAGAGGGUGCCGAGUGCGCGGGUCCCGAGGAGCCCUGCGGGCGCGGCGGGCGGCGGCUGCGCACGGCGUUCAGCGCGGAGCAGAUCAGCACCCUGGAGAGCUCCUUCCAGCGGCAGCAGUACCUGGGCGCCGCCGAGCGCCGGCAGCUGGCGGGCAGGAUGCGCCUCUCCGAGGUGCAGAUCAAGACCUGGUUUCAGAACCGCCGGAUGAAGCUCAAGCGGCAGCUGCAGGAGUUGAGGACGGAGCCCUUCUGUAGCCCCGCUCUCCCUUACGGACCUCAGGGCGCUGUGGUGCCCCUGCCGCUCACAUACGUGGCCCGGCCACCGCCUCUGCCCCGGCAAGGGGCCGCCCCUGAGGGCUUCCCUUUGGCGGCCCUGCCGGCACCCGCCCUGGACAUCAGCAGCGCCUGCAGAGCACAGCCAGUUGGCUUUUGGGCAGCACCCUGCUUCGUGGGGUACCGGGACCCCAGGGGCUUCCUGCUGGGUGUCUGA